AUAAAUUUUUUUAUUCAGUGAAAAGAAUAAUAUCCAUGUAAAGCUCUCUUUCUUGGCGUUAGUGUAGUGGGUAGAGUAAGCGUAGGACUAUAAGUAGAGAGUCCUAUACAGGUCUCCUUCGCAUCCAAGUAGCUAUAGAAAGAGAGAGAGAUCAGUAUCUGUGUGCUAAAACCAUGGCAACCUUUGUUGUUCCUGCAAAUGUUUCAAUUGUAGAAGAUGCAGAAACUCUCAGAAAAGCUUGCGAAGGCUGGGGGACCAAUGAGAAGGCUGUAAUUUCAGUGCUUGCUCAUAGAAAUGCAACUCAAAGGAAGCAAAUCAGGCAAGCUUAUUGGGACCUUUACCAAGAAGAUCUUGUUAAGCGUCUUGAGUCUGAGCUGAAAGGAGAUUUUGAGAGAGCUGUAUACAGAUGGAUAUUGGAACCACAAGACAGAGAUGCAGUAUUAGCUAAUGUGGCUCUAAAGAAAUCUUCUGAUUAUCAUGUGAUCGUUGAAAUUGCUUGCGUCCGAUCUGCAGAGGAGCUCUUGGCUGUGAGGAGGGCCUACCAGGCUCGCUACAAGCAUUCCUUGGAAGAAGAUGUGGCAGCUCAUACCACCGGCGAUGUCAGGAAGCUCUUGGUUGGGUUGGUGACCACUUUUAGGUAUGAAGGCGCUGAGAUAAAUACAAGAUUGGCCAAAUCGGAAGCUAAUAUUCUUCAGGAUGCGAUCAAAGACAAGAAGUUUAGUAACGAUGAAGUUAUUAGGAUCUUAACUACAAGGAGCAAGACACAGCUUAUGGCUACUUUCAAUGGCUUCAAAGAUGACCAGGGAACUUCCAUCACUAAGGCUUUGUUGGGUGAGCCUGCUGAUAAUGAGUUCAAACGCUUGCUUCGCAUAGCCAUUCGAUGCAUCAACGAACCUCUUAAGUACUAUGAGAAGAUUUUGAGGAAUGCAAUCAGAAAGUUUGGGACUGAUGAGGAUGCAAUUACUCGUGUGAUCGUCACGAGGGCAGAGAAGGACUUGUUGGAUAUCAAGGAACUUUACUACAAGAGGAACAGUGUGCCUCUUGAUCAAGCAGUGGCCAAGGAAACUUCUGGGGAUUACAAGGCAUUCCUCCUUGCUCUGCUAGGAAAGCAGGAUUAAGAUUCGUAUCUUAAUCAUUUCGGAGUUUCUAAGUCGGAAAAAAAAAAUAAUGGCUUUGUAAGCCUUCAUUUUGCAUUGUAUUGUUGUUGAGUUUCUAGCUGGUGUGAGACAAUUUGUGUCCUAUUUUAUGCUAUCUUCAAUGCAGAGUUUCUCUAAGAAA